AUGAAUAAUUUUGGAUUUGUGUUCGCUUUGGCGGUGAUUUGUUUAACUAAGGUCGAAGCUUUACCAUGUGAUUGUUAUGGAUGUCCUCCACUACCAUGUCUCCCAGCCCCACCAUGUCUUCCAGCCCCACCAUGUUUUCCAGUCCUACCCCUUCCAGCUCCACCAUGUCUUCCAGCCCCACCAUGUUUUCCAGCCCUACCCCUUCCAGCUCCACCAUGUCUUCCAGCCCUACCCCUUCCAGCCCCACCAGUACUUCCAGCCCCACCAGUACUUCCAGUCCCACCAUGCGUUCCAUCUCCACCUAUUAGCCCAGCGGCACUAGCCUCUUUAUUAGCUACUCUUAAGGCAGCAGCACCAUAUUCGCCCCUUGCCCCACUUCCAGUUGCACCGCCCUUAGCCCCGGCCUUUGGACCUGCCCCGACCGUGGCUACAACCCUGUCGGUACCCACACCUGCACCUCUUGUGAUCUCUUCGGGACCAGCAGCGGGACCAGUGAUAAUMCAAACACCGUCAGUCAAAGGAAAAGCCGCACCAAUCGUCGUUCCCGCCGGUCCAGGCGCUAAUUUGCUUGUCAAACUAAAGCAAGCCCCAGCACCYGCACCAAUCAUACUUCCACCACCGGCACCAGGUCCUAUCGUCGUAAACGGUGGAAACGUAAUUAAAGAACAGACUGUCACGUACGCACCAGCUCCUGAUCCAAACAAAAUAUUCUUCGCAUUACCAGCCCCAUUACCGACUCCACCAGUCGUUUUGCCACCCGCKCCACUACCAAAAAUAUUCUUCAAUCCCGGCGUGUACGUCCAAAAACCUGAUAUUGUAUUCCAAACCCCAGUUGGUUUACCACAAUUGUUUUUGAUUCCUCCACCAUGCGGAUGUCCAGCACCAUGCUUCCCACCACCCGGUCCAUGCAACCUGCCUCCAGUCCUCGCUAAGGUCCCUGCUUGCGGUUAUUCACAAACUGCUCGAUUUUUUAUUUAUAAGUACAUGUCAAAUCUCGGACCUGGACAUUCAUGUAUGAAUGGUCCAAGGAUUGCGUACUAUAAAAAUGAAGCUAUUAACGGCAAUCRUAUGCUCAAUAAUGUUGCUGUUGAAGCUAAAGCUGCAAGGCUUGCAACAUCAUAUUCGAUUCAAUUGUGGCUAGAUACAGUCAGUGAAGCCGAACCAAUUGGGUUCCCAUCAAUAUAUUUUUUUAAGAGGAGAACAUCACAUCCCGCACGUGUAUUACUAACUUACAACAAAGCAUAA